UAUGUUAUCAUUCAUGUUACACGUUACUAUAUAAUAAACCUGUGCUAGUUCUCUUGGCCACUACAUUGCGUAGUGACUUACGUUGACAUGUCGAUGACUCAAAUUGUUCUUAGUCUGUUGUUGUGGGCCGGUGUAGCGCUGUGCAAACAGUAUGUGUACGAUGAUGACGCCGAUGGUUGGUUGAAACUACACAAGAUUCCACUGACAUGGCAGGAAGCUUUCAUGACGUGCCACUUGGAAGAUGCAGUACUAGCGUCUCCCACAAAUGACGCACUACAUCAAGCUAUGUUGACUGCGGUGAAGAAAGCAGAAAUCGAUUUACCUAUUUACAUAGGAACGAAAGAAAUGUUCGUUUACGGACAGUACGCGUCUAUCGAAGGAGUUCAAUUAGAAGACAUGCCUGUAAAGUUUCCUUCUACCAACGGCAUAAAACCUGAAGAAUGUGUGAGAUUGACGAAAGAGGGAGAAGUCGCAUUUACUAACUGCUCAGAAUGGUUGCCAUACAUUUGUUAUAAGAAAAACACAACUCAUCUGAAGUACAACUAUGAUUGUGGAACUUUUGACAGAGAGUACCAGUACAAUGCCGCGACGGGCAGCUGCUACAAGUUGCACAAGCAAGCAAGAACUUGGCGACUUGCAUAUAAGGUAUGCACAGCCGAGGGUGGCCAUCUCGUUAUCAUCAACGACAAAACUGAGGACGAUGUCGUGGUGAACAUAUUGAAAGGAAAACCAAGGAACCUUCCUUGGGAACUAUCACACGCUGGAUUCUUUGACUGGAACAAAGAUUUAUUAACCUUCCUUACUAUUCAUGGGGAGAAAUUGAAUACUGUUUAUAACAUCUGGAACGAAAAUCAACCCGACAACAAAGGAGUGAAUAUAUAUGGAGGAAUCUUAGAAAACGGUAAACUGGACGAAGAGUGGGACAGCAGAGAAGCGUACUUUGUUUGUGAAAAGGAUCCAAAAAUUCAUCUUUAUGAUCGGCAACUUUGCGGUUGCAAAUGGGAAGGUUGCACUGUAGGGUGCUUUUGAUUCAUUGAUCUGGCUUACAAACUGAGCUAAAACUUGAUUAUUUGUAAAACAUUACCUUAACCAAGUUAUUAAAUGUAAAAACAAUAGCUUGGAACAACAUUAUGAAACCAUAAUUUGUUCCAUGCCAAUUGUAGCUGACAAUUAAGGUAGUUGGCUAAAGAAGUUAUGACGUCUAAGCUUAAUAAUAUUUUAAUAUCGUAACAAAAUCAAAUAAACAUUACUUUAAAUUUA